AUGUCACAAACGAUACGCAUUUGCAUGCUCAAUGCCGAUAUUCCAGUGCCGAACGUCUUCGCCCAACGAGCCCCCACUUACGGUCGUAUCUUUCACGGGUUGAUUCGCGAUGCAGCUUUACGAGUUGCACCAAAUGUGACUAUCCAGUCUGUCGAUUAUGAUGUACGGAGCGGCGAAUAUCCAGCAGGACUCGACGAAUUUGACUCGAUCGCUGUCACUGGCUCCGCUAGUUCGACAUACGACGACCUGGAGUGGAUAAGAAGACUCGACCAGUAUCUCCUCGAUGUAUACUUCAAUCACCCUCGUAUCAAGAUGUUUGGCAGCUGUUUUGGCCAUCAGCUGAUAUGUCAAAGUUUGCUCAGGGAGUAUGGAGCAAGAGUUGAGAGUGAUCCAAAUGGCUGGGAACUCGGUGUACAAGAAGUCACAUUAAAGAAGCGGUUCCAUGAUGCCAUGAAUCUUCACUGGAGAUUUGAUCGACUCAAAGACAUGCCUGAGAAGAUGCGCCUCCAGUUCGUCCACCAUGAUCAUGUGGUGAUUCCUUCACUAAACACAUUACCAAACUCGUGGAUGACGCUGGGUUACACAAAACACUGUGCAAUACAAGGGGUCUAUCAGCCUGGCCGUGUCCUCACAUUCCAAGGGCACUUCGAAUUCGACAAAUUUGUGAACAGCGAGACCAUAAAGUUCUUCUUUGCACCCUGGAAGAAAGAGGAGGUGGAGAGGAUUCUUGAGACGGUUGAUGCAGAUGACGACUCGCUAGCGGCAGCCGAGAUUGUGCUGUCAUUCCUGCUCGAAAAGAAUACAGGGUCGAGCGCUGCAUCAUACUCCAUUGCAGAUGGACUAUUAACGCCACCAUUAAGCGGGUGA